AUGCCUUCAGAUCCCGCCGCAAACCUUAGCGCCCUGCUGCGCGCAGCUUCUAUCGAAGACCAUGAAGAGGUCCUAAAGGCUGCCAAUGCUUCUCUGAAAGCCUCCAAGACUGACAUCGUUGCCCAACGCACCCGCGUUGUCGCCCUUCUCAAGCUCGACCGCUUCGACGACGCCCUCCGUGCGAUUGCUGACGGCGGCGACAAGCUCGAGGUCGCUAGCCUUUUGGAAAAGGCCUAUGCGCUUUACAAGACGGGGAAGCUACAAGAGGCCCGCGAGGUUGCCAAUUCCAAGCCCCAGCGAAGCUUUCGCCACCUGGUUGCUCAGGUGGCCUAUCGAGCCGAAGACUUCAAGGACGCGCUCGACGUCUACAGCAGCCUGUUGGAGGAUGAGCAAGGAGAGGAGAGCGAUCUAAAGAUCAACCAGCUGGCGUCCGCCGCCCAGCUGGAAUGGAAGGUUUCCAACAGCCUUGACGGAGAAGACACCCUGAUUCCCGCCGCCGAAGAUGCCGACACCUUCGAGCUUGCCUACAACAUUGCCUGUGGUAUGAUUGCCCGCGGAGAGCUCUCCGAAGCUACGAAGCUGCUCCAGAGAGCACUGCGCCUCUGUGACGACUCUGAAGAGCUCUCGGAAGACGACAAGAAGGCUGAGAUGACCCCCAUCAUGGUUCAGCAGGUGUAUGUCUAUACUAGGUUAGGCAAGACCGAGGAAGCUCUCGCGAUCCAGAAGCAACUAUCCAUUUCAGAGGACUCUGACGCCGAGUCUCGACUGAUUGCGCUGAACAACACCUCAGCUCUUGCGACCGAGGUCGACAACCCAUAUUUGGCCCAGCGCAAGUUCGACACCGCAGCAGCCCUCAGCAAACAGGCGAAGCUCUUCAAGUAUCAAGAAAGCCAGCUGGAGCAGAAUAAGUACAUUCUUGGCCUGCAAGCUCAAAAGUUUGAUGGCGUGUAUGAAAAGUCGUCAAAGGCACUCGCAAAGGCUUCGCCAACAGUGUCCGUCGACACAAACGGUCUUUCGGCCAUCAAUGCCACAGCCUUUGCUUUGCGUCGCUCCAAGGUGGUUGAAGUGAAAGAGGUUCUCCCUUUGAUUGAGAAGCGCCCCACAGAUGUCGGUCUGCUCCUCACCAUAAUACAGCUCUACCUCACAGCAAACAACCCCGGUGCUGCGUUGUCCGUCCUUGAGCGCUUCCUGCAGAACCUGGAGAAGCAAGGCCCAUCAGAAGUGCGCUUCUCUCCCGGCCUGGUUGCCUUGACUGUCUCUCUUUAUAGACAGCAGGGCCGCCAUAGCAACAUACGAUCAGAGCUAGCGAAGGCAUCGUCCUUCUGGGAGAAGCACGAUGGUCGCCACGUCGACUCUCUCCUCCGUGGCGCCGGUUCGGAGCUCCUCAAGUCAUCUGAGCCCACGGAUCUUGCAGCUGCUGGCGCUGCGUUUGAGAAGCUUUGCCAGAAGCCCGUUGCGGACCCCGUUGCCGCCGCUGGCCUUGUGGCAUCCUUCGCCACAUCAGACAGAGCAAAGGUGACGCCUCACCUCGCUGGCCUGCCUCCCAUUGACGACCUCCUCCGGGGGGUCAACGUCGACGAGCUCGUCAGCAAUGGCGUCGUCACCACUGCGCCGGCAGCCAGCCAGGCCAAGAAACGCCGCCUCGAUCAGCCCACUGACGCAGGCAACAAAAAGAAGAGAAGAAGAAAGCUGCCAAAGGACUAUGUUGAGGGCAAGAAGAUGGAUCCUGAGCGCUGGCUGCCCCUCCGCGACCGAUCCUCGUACCGCCCCAAGGGUAAGAAGGGCAAGAAGAAGGCCCAGGAAGCGACGCAAGGUGGCUUCGUCAAGGAGGAGGAGACAUUGGAGUUGGCCGGUGGCGCAGGAUCUGUCAAAGUCGAAAAGGCGCCGACGACGUCGUCGAACAAGAAGAAGAAGAAGGGCAAGAAAUGA